AUGAGGGUCUUACCGGCAAUCACCGCAUUGGCACUGGCCCUGAGGGCCACCGCCAGCCCCUACAACACGUUCGACGGUGAAGGUUUCCCCGCGUGUAAUGAAGUCGCCGCUGUCCGCACGCCCGGCAGCGUGGACGAGAUCCAGGAUAUGGUCAAGCGCGCCAUCAAAGAUGGCCAGCAAGUCCGUGCGUCCGGAAAGGCGCACAUGUGGUACGAUACGAUGUGCUCGGACGACCCGAACACCGUCAUCAUCCAAACCGAGGAGGUGAACAACAUCUACGAUUUUGACUUGGAGGCGGGCACGGUUAUGAUCGAGGCGGGUGUCACCUUCCUCCAGCUCGCGGAGUACUUGCACAAAAGGGGCGCGUCGGCCGGGUACACGCUCGUUAACUGGAAUAUCACCCUUGCGGGGUGUGUCGCGAUGGGCGCGCAUCGGUCCUCGAUCCGUGAGGAGUCGAUGGUUGCCGCGGGUGUCUUGUCCUUGGACUUUAUUGAUGGGAGUGGCCAGCUGCGCCAUAUUGAGCGGGACGAUGACAACGAUGAGUGGCUUGCUGCGUCGACGUCGUUGGGUCUCCUGGGUGUUAUUGUUCGCAUGAAGUUCAAGAUCCGUCCGGAUUUCAUGGUCUAUGCGGAUCAGAAGACUCUCGACGACGAGGAGGUCUUGGACGGGGACAUUGCCGGAAUGAUCGAGCCGUACGCGACCGCAAACUUUUGGUGGUGGCCCUACAAGCGCAAGUUCCACUGGCGCUACUACGACGUCGUUCCCAGCAACAAAUCCGACCAACAAGGCUUCCAAAACACCUUCUCUGUAACCAAAGCGGAAGCCAACGCCAUCAUCUCCAUCUGGAACUCCGGCCGCUACCUCGCAACAUCCAACAUGCUCGCAGAGGACAUCCUCUUCGGACUCUGGGAGAAGCCCAACUUCCGCGAAAAGACCACCAACGAAGACAUCAAGGAGUGGCCCGUCUACGGCUGGAACUACGACGUGCUGAUCGGCGGGCUGUACCCGGACCAGAAGCCCGUCUGGGAGUACGGCAUGCACGGCUACACCAUGGAGUUGGCGUUCCCAAUGACGCAGGCCAAUGCGAUGCUGAAGCGUGUGAGGGAACUGUUUGACGAGGAGCAGAAGAAGGGGAAGAUCAUGACGUCGACGUAUCGCACGGGGAUUAAUAUCAAGUUUGGCCGUCCUUACUUUGAUCUCCUGGGCCAGGUGACCUACGAUACGGCUGAUGGGGCCGAUUGGAAGAAGGGCGCUAUUAUGUUGGACCUUCCGACUUAUCGGCCUAGUGUUGGGGAUGGGUCGCGGUUCAAUGAGCCUUUCUAUGACAAACUCGCCAAGGUCCUUGUCGAAGAAUUCCCCUGCCGUCCCCACUGGACCAAGAACACCCGCGACGUAUUCAAAAUGGCGGUCAAGAACAUUGACCCAGAUCACAUCGCCCGGUUCAAGGCCGUGAGGGAGAAGUUCGACCCCAAGGGGAUCUUCCGCAGUGUCCUUGGAGAGAUCAUGGGGUUCUAUUAA